ACAUCUCGGGAAUUUCUCCAAACUCCAACUUCUACGACACCAACCAACAUCAGACAUUUUCCCUUGCCCUUAAACAUCCUAUCUUCAGUCAAAAUAAGGAGACAUGGGGGGCAAGUCCGCUACCAAGGCCGCUUACUUCGAUAAGCUCAAGAGCCUUCUCGACGAGUACAAGACGAUCUUCAUCGUCAACGUCGACAAUGUCAGCUCUCAGCAGAUGCACGAGAUUCGUCUGAGUCUCCGUGGCGAGGGUGUCGUCCUCAUGGGAAAGAACACCAUGGUCCGCCGUGCGCUGAAGGGCUUCAUCACUGAGAACCCUGAGUACGAGCGUCUCCUGCCCCACGUCAAGGGCAACGUCGGUUUCAUCUUCACCAACGGUGACAUGAAGGAGACCCGUACCAAGAUUCUGUCCAACCGUGUCGCUGCUCCGGCUCGUGCUGGUGCCAUCGCCCCGGCCGAUGUCUUCGUCCCUGCUGGUAACACCGGUAUGGAACCCGGAAAGACCUCUUUCUUCCAGGCUCUCGGUGUCCCCACCAAGAUUGCUCGUGGUACCAUUGAAAUCGUCAGCGACCUGAAGCUCGUUGAGGCCGGUUCCAAGGUCGGUGCCUCCGAGGCUACCCUCCUGAACAUGCUCAACAUCUCUCCGUUCACCUACGGUAUGAGCAUUGCUCAGGUCUACGACCAGGGCCAGACCUUCGGUCCUGAGAUUCUGGACAUUGAGGAGUCCCAGCUCCUUGCUACCUUCCAGUCUGCCAUCAAGGCCAUCACUGCCAUCUCUCUGGCUGCCAACUACCCCACCCUUCCUUCCGUUGUCCACUCUCUGGUCAACUCCUACAAGAAGGUCCUGGCCGUUGCUAUCUCUACCGAGUACAGCUGGCCUGAGAUUGAGGAGCUCAAGGACCGCAUUGCCAACCCUGACGCCUACGCCGCCGCGGCCCCCGCUGCCGCUGCUGCUGCUGCCCCGGCUGGUGGUGCUGCCCCGGCCGAGGAGAAGAAGGAGGAGGAAGCCGAGGAGUCCGACGAGGACAUGGGCUUCGGUCUGUUCGACUAAGGGAUUCGGUGGUUUCUUCGACCAAACGGUUUGCAGGGGCCAUUUUCUGUCACGUGCUACGAAUGCGAUGUACUAGAUACUGUCAUGGACCAUUACGCUGCUCGUGGUAGAAUGGAAAACGAAUUGCCAACGUCAGAACUCGUUAUUGCUGGCAUCAUU